UAAUAAUUUUUAAUUAUUCAAUAUAUUUAUUAUUUCAUAAUAUGUAAAAAAAUAUGUAAUACUUAAAAAUAAUUUAUAAAUAAUAUUUAUCCCGCGCAAGGUGCGGAUCUUAACCUAGUCUGUUAUAUUAUCAGAGAAUAAUCUGUUUAAUUUUAUAGUUAUGGAAGGCUCAUUAAAUUGUGGUUUAAUAGAGUAACAUUAAGCCAGGCGAUCAAUUAGUAAAUUGAGGUUUUCUCUCCCUAACCAAGAGAGACAAUAUCGGUUAACAGAAAAUUUAUGAAGACUAAGUUACUGGUAGGGGCUGCGCGAACGAAAACCUUCUAUUCCACAACUAAUGACGCAGGCUCUUCUACUUGAAAAGACCUUAGGCUAAGCUCCCUUCUUUAAGGUGCAAUGAAGUCACUAGUCUAGGUAACUCAUCUUUUUGAUUACGAGUUGACCAUGUCUAGGUAAGUGAAUUGCUCAAUGAUACGCAUGUCUUAUUUAUAUCAAAGUUCCAACGGCCCCUCCAUUUCUCAUAAGCGAUGUGCGAUCUUUGCUAAUCUCACACUAUCCCUCAUUUUUGUUACAUAAAGACGCACAGCGUGUCGUUCCAAUGCUCCCUUUUUUGAACGGUGUGUCAAAUAGGCUUCAAGGGCUGGGCAAAAAAAUCGUAUUGGAAGAAUCGAACUGAAUCCGAUCCGUUAAAAGUAGCACUGAACCCAAACUGAAAUUAGUUAAAUAUUCAAGCGGAUUCAAAACUUUGGUAUCUAAAGAACUGGAACCGAACUCGACUAAAACCAAAAUAAAUUUAUAUACUUAAAUAUCCAAAAUAUUUAAAAUAUAUAUACAAAUAGUUAAAAGUAAAUGUCUAAAAUUUAAUAUUUUAAAUUCUGUGAUAUUUAAAAUAUAUAUGAAUUUAAAAUUUUUAAAAAUAAUUUAAACGGGUUAUCAGAACCCGAACCGAAUUCGCAAAGAUCCGAAACGAAUCCCUAUCAAAAUUUAUAAAUCUUCGAAUGAGACUGAAAUCUUAAACUCCAAUACUCCCAAACCCGAAUAGACCCAAACCAAAGAAUGUCCACCCAAUCCGUAAUUCGUAAUGCAAAUGUGUUUCUAUUUGUGUAUUAUAUUCGUGGCAGAGAGUCAAAAGUGAGAGAGAGCUUAUGACAGUGAUUUAUUCAUUCCAUUUUAUCAUUACAGCUUUGCUAUAUACUAGUUAUUCUGGUCUGCACCUGAGAGCUUAGGAUUUCUCGGGUGCUCAUUUCUUUUCCGGAAGCUUCUCCAAUCAACUCAGGUAUCUCCAACAUGUUCAUAGCCACUCAUUGUUUGAACUACACCGACGGCACUUCUUCUCUAGCCGAGGCUUUUUUUCUGAAACUGCGGCGUUUUGUGAAACCACAAACGGUGUCGCUUCUCUGGUCAAAGCCAUGGUUUCCACCACCAAGAUCAAGUCCGUUGAUUUCUACAGGAAAAUCCCAAGAGACUUGACAGAGGCAUCUCUCUCUGGUGCUGGAUUGUCCAUUAUAGCUGCCCUCGCUAUGGUCUUCUUGUUUGGAAUGGAACUGAGUACUUAUUUGGCAGUUACCACUAAUACAUCUGUUAUAGUUGACAACAGCUCUGAUGGGGACUUCUUACGCAUUGAUUUCAACGUCAGCUUUCCUUCCCUCUCAUGUGAAUUUGCAUCGGUUGAUGUCAGCAACGUGUUGGGAACUAAAAGGUUGAAUCUAACAAAAACGAUUAAGAAAGUCCCUAUUGAUCCGUAUUUAAGAGCCACUGGUGCAGAAGUCCACUCCACCUCUGGCUUACAUCUCAUCAACCAUGGAGACGAAGAUCAUGGAAACAAUACAUAUGCUGCUAUACCGUUAACUGGUGCUACCUUUGACAAGUUUUCACAUCAUUUUCAAAUCUUGGUUGUUAAUUUCUAUGCUCCAUGGUGCUACUGGAGUAAUCGCUUGAAACCAUCUUGGGAGAAAGCAGCUGAAAUAACAAGACAGAGAUAUAAUCCUGAAACUGAUGGGCGUGUUCUUCUAGGAAGCGUUGACUGCACAGAAGAAACUACUCUAUGCAAGAGGAACCAUAUACAAGGCUACCCAUCUAUCAGGAUUUUCCGCAAAGGCAGUGAUCUUAAGGAGGACCAUGGCCACCAUGAACAUGAAUCUUACCAUGGAGAUAGAGACACAGAGAGCAUACUCAAGAUGGUGGAAGAACUGCUCAAACCUAUCAAAAAGGAGGACCACAAGUUAGCUUUAGAUGGUAAAACUGAUAAUGUGGUUUCAGGUAUUAAAAAGGCACCAGUUAGUGGUGGUUGUAGAAUCGUAGGCUAUGUGCGUGCCAAGAAGGUCCCUGGAGAAAUCAUUAUCUCAGCUCAUUCAGGAGCUCAUUCGUUCGAUGCUUCUCAAAUGAACAUGUCUCAUUAUGUUUCCCAUCUCACCUUUGGUAAAAUGAUUUCAGAAAGGUUGUUGACUGAUAUGAAACGCUUAAUGCCUUAUCUUGGCCUAAGCCAUGACAGACUUAAUAGCAAAUGGUUCGUAAAUGAAGGACAGUUUGCUGCUAAUGUUACCAUCGAACACUAUCUUCAAGUAGUCAAAACAGAGGUCGUUUCAAGAAGAUUCGGUCAAGAACACUCAGUGAUAGAGGAGUAUGAGUAUACGGCUCAUAGCAGUGUGGCUCAUGGUUACUAUUACCCUGUUGCCAAGUUUCGCUUUGAUCUCUCUCCUAUGCAGGUCUUAAUAAGUGAGAACCCAAAGUCAUUCUCACACUUCAUCACAAAUGUUUGCGCCAUCAUAGGUGGUGUUUUCACGGUUGCGGGGAUACUAGAUUCGAUAUUUCAAAACACAUUCAGACUGGUGAAGAAGAUCGAGCUUGGAAAAAACAUUUGAUCAAGAGUGAAUGAGUGGUUUAGAUGUUACUUCUUUUCAGUUUCUUGUAAGAUCUUAAAACCAUAGAAAAUACUCAGUUCUUACAUACCUUGUAGACUAAGUUUGUUUUGGAAUAUCAGUUUCAUAGAAUAAGGAAACAAUGUUGGCUGUACAUCUAUAUUUCUUCAUGAUUCUUGAUGUUUUUUUUAAAUUUUCUCCAUCAUUUGUCUUUAUCAUUCAUAUUUGUAUAUAGGUCUAAUGGUAUUAUGAAUAUUGUAUAUCAUUUACACUAGCUGAAAAGAGAGAACAAUACACACACACACACUUAUUUACUAUUUUACUAACAUAAAUGAACAGAUAAAGAAACAGAAGGCAAAACAGAAGGAGUCUCUUGUGUAAGUGAUAGAGCACUGUUUUUUUCUUCAAUAUAUAUAUACUAGGUGAUAACCCGCGCUAUGCGCGGAAUGAGUAGAUUUAAAUAGUUUAUCACUUUAAAUAUAUAGGUAUUUGAGAGUUAAAAGUCAUAGAAAGAAAUAUUACAUUUUAUAGAAUAAGGGGUUUAACCGAAAUUGUGUAUGUCUAUAUAAAUUAAGCUUCGAUUUAAAAAAAAAACUUGUGUGUUUGUUUUGUUAACUUGAAGCAUAGUUCAUUUAAGUGAAUCCCUAAGAGUAAGCAAAAACUUAUAAAAAUUAAAUUAUGAAGUAAAAGAUAAAAUAAAACAUUGGCAAUAAAAUGAAACAUAAUAGAAAUUUUGGGAUUGCAUCCAAUCGUAAAUGAGAGCUUCGAAUAUAACUUGCGAUCAUGCCACCCGCGGAAUCCUGGAAUGAUAUAAAUAUAAAACUGAAUUAAAAAAGAACUCAAUGUUUUUAUACAAAUAGUUAUAAUAGCAUUAUGAUAAGACAAACUCCUAAGCUUCAAUUCCAUAUGCCACACACUUAAGCUCUUUCAAGCUAUAUUUAAUAGUAAAGAUUGAAAAAAAAAUUAAGCAAAUCGACAACGAAGUUAAAGCCCACCAUGAGUGUUGUGCUUGCAAGAAUGUUUGUGAUAAGAAUGUAUUGAGAAGGAGACGGUGGUGAGGAAAUGUAGCUAGAAGCCCCUGUAUUUAUAUAUAAUUGGCAUGUGUAUAGGGUAAAUAAUGAUUACUAAUCACCAUCUUUAUUUGCAUAAUUCAAAAUAGCACUAAUUCCCAAAACUUGCCAUAAUUAUUUUCAUAAUUUAAAUUCACAGCGGAUUCAUUGGAAUAUUAUAGGAAACAAACAGAUAUAUUGGUCAACAAAAUAAAUUUAAAAUCAAUCAGUAUCAACGGAAAAAAAGAAUAUACGAUUCGGUUUCGACUUAAAAUUUCCAUUACCAAAAUCGUAUAAUAUUAAUGAGUACGUAUAUAUUCCGAAUUAGUGUCAUAUUUAGCUCAAAACAUCCCUAAUUUGGAAUUUUAUGAAUACCAUGCAUUAUCACGCAAGUAAUGCUAAUUGACAAUCUCCUUACAAUUUUUGGAAAGUUUUUAGUAAGGGGAUAAAUGCCAUAAUUGAAUGUUAAGAAAUAUAUAUUAAUCAUGCAAAACCUUAUUUUUCUCAAUAAAGUAAUACCUUUUUUUUUAAUCGCGUAUUAAAUUAGUUCCAGAAUUAAGGCAAUAUUUGUUUCAAUCAUGCAAUAAUUGGAAAAUAUUUUGAAACUAAUAUUUGCAUGCACCGUUGUUGAGUAUCACUUUAAAUAUUUUAAAAACAAAGGAAAUUAGGAAUCUAAUAAAGUUUCUUUUAAGUUUUAAGACAACUAGGACCGGCUCGCCCUACGGGCGGGAUAAUAUUUUGAAAAUAAUUAAAAUAGUUAGAGAAAAUAUUCAAUAUAAAUUGUUCUAUUUAAAAUGUACAUAUUAGUUAAAUUCUGUAUACACUAUCGUAUUUGAAAACUAAUUAUACCAUAUUGUCUUGAUAAGUAUUUUUUUCAUUGUGCCAUCACAUCUUUUUUGGAAAUUUUCUGGAGUUGGAUGAAUCUAAAUAGUAUAGUAAGGAAAUAGACUACUUGUAAUUGUAGAUUAAGUAAAUGUUUAUGAGUAAAAAUUUUUAUUGGGUCGGUUAAAUUUGAUAUAAACUAAUCAACGAUGCACUAGUGGAGAAAGAUAUGGUUGCAUGGCAAUUCGUUGAAUUCUCUUUGCUUACAAUAUUGUUAAUGGUUACAGCGCAGAGUAGUGUUCUAAUAUAUACAUUUGAAUAAUUACACAAUAUUUCUGAAUAUUAGAUGCACUUCAUAAGUUAUUAUAUGAUAAUAACUUCCAUAAGCAUGGCAUAAGUACCCAAUUAAUAGUAAAAUAUAAGCUAAAAUAGAUAAUUUUUAUAUAUAUUUAUAUUUUAAACCCAACAAAGCAUUUGACUGAAAUAAAUAAUAUAUAAUGAUCAAAUCUUAGGUGUUUCUAUGUUUUUUCGUACUCAGUAUAUAUUAUGUGUUGAACUUGAAAAAAAUGACUAUAAAUUAAUAAGCUGUUAAAUUCUCACCAAAAUUUUGUGAUUAAUGUUUAGAUAUUUAUAAUAUAAUACAAAUAAAUACAAAAUUAUUAUAUUAAACUAAAUAAUUACUCAAAAUUUGAUCUAAAUAGCUGCAUUAUAUUUUUAAUAUCAAUUGUUAAUUAGUAAAUAAUCACCCUUUUCAAGAUUUUUAUCUAUAUAAAAUAACCCUUCUUUAUAAUAAAAUAUUUCGUAUUUUUCAUGCAUAGUUGAUACAUCAUAUUUUCUGAGACUUAAAAUCUUAAGUUUUGUGGUGUAAUGAUAUCAGUGAACUAUUAAUAAAACCACUAAACUAAAUGAACUUCUAAAAAUAUAUAAUUUUUUUUAAUGAUAAAAAAGAAUGUCUUUUUGUUUAUUUUUCAAAAUUGAGAAUGAUAAACUGAUUUUAAGACAGUCACCGGCCUAAUGAGCUAUGAUUAAAUAAUUACUGUGAUAUUUCUUGGUUUGACAACAUUACUGUAAAUAAUUCUACACAUAUUAACAAAAGACAGCGAAAAUGUCAUUUUUCCAUGGGAAUAUAAAGCUUUGCCAAAGUUGUGUAGUCCCAAAGUGAUCUCCUCAAACCGUCCAUGCUUCUCUCCACACAUGUUUGUACAACACUGCCUCACGUUGAAGUCUAUAGCUGACCGGUUCGAGGCGCAGUUGCAAAAGCUGCUCUCAAACCCUAGGCCUGAUCUCCAAUCAGGAACCAGAGAAGCAAUCUCUCCAUCGAUCAUGUUAGCUAUCUUUGUCACAUCAUGGUCGUCCAUCUCCAGCUCUUCCACCAUCUCUCUUGCAACGCUAAUUGCUAUGUCGCUUUCUAUGUCAAACGGGAAGUAUAUGUUCCUCACAAGCCCUGCAAUGAGAGGAACUUUUAGAACCAAAAAAAAGGUUGUCUGGUCACAAACCUUCCUUGUGCCCACAAUAACACUUCGUGCAUCACCACCAUGUCCAAGAAUUCAAACCUGUUUGUGAAUGGAAGAAGACAUUCAAUAAAGAAGAUGACCAAGGUGAGAACUGAGUAAAAAAAUUAGCAGCAGCUACACCAUGCCUAGUAUUCAAAAAAUAAGAAAAUAGCUUCUAGUGGUAAAUACAUAUGUUUACAAUAUAAAAUCUUUACCUUUUAACAUAGCAUAGACUUCAUUAUUACUCUCCAUGUUGUUUCUUGUCUGCUCUGCUGCCAAUAAAAACAGUUUCUCUCUAAUGGCGGCACCGACGUAGCGCGACCGACGCUUCUCUCUCUCUUCACCUUGUCAUUCAGACAAAACUUGCAAGCCAUAUAAAAGCAACAAACAUGACACAAACUUCUUUUUAACGCUAACGGCGAUAAGUAAAUGACGAAGACAAAGCCCUCAAGCAGAUAAUAGAAAAGUAAUUACCUCUGUAUUUUUUGUACUCUAAAUCAACAUAAGGUCAAAGAGAACACCAGGAAUUCUUGAACACUUGAAAAAACCAAGAGACAUCAAUUACCCAAUCAUAUACUCUCGCUCAGAUAUAUAUUUGUUUUAAGUAUUCACACUUGCUCUACCAACAAAGCUAAGCUAUGAAUAACAGAGCACAGAUUGGUAGCUAAACAAUGCGUAAAAUCACUUACAUUAAUAUUUUUUCAGUGUCCAGAUCUUUCUGUUCAUAUAGCCAAAUUUGGAUCCUAGCUUUCUGCAUGACAAAUACAUAAAAACUAAAAAACCAGACGAAUCAUAAAAGGCAUUGAUAAGUUAAAACCGUUCAAAUCCAUUGUUUUGGAGCUUAAACUUUGAAGAAACCUACAAUUCAAGUUAGGGAGCCACCGCAAAAACACCGCAAAACAAAGCAAAUUCAAUCAAACAAUACAAAGAAAACAAUACCAACACAUAAAUGAAAGAGAAAAGAUUAUAGGAAACAUACAAUUAGUUGGAUCAUAAUCCUCUGGACUUUGGUGAUUAUGGCUGGCUGCCGACGUUUUGAGAUCUCUUUUAAGCUUCAGGAAAGAUGAGAAUCUGAGAGGACCAAAGCCUAAAUUAGUGAGACUACAAUUGGUGAAUCCAUCCCCUGAUGUGCCUGUUGGAGAAACCCCUGAUGAGUCGUCAAAUAACGGAGUGGCGGCUGUCCACCAAUAUCUCAAUCUCCCAGAUAUUGAAUCCAUUCAUACAGAUGUCACAUGAACCCAUCUUCUUCGAAAUCAUAAAGAAGGAAUUGAUGGAUGGAGAUGUAGUGGAGUAUUGAUUGUGGAGUUCUGGAUCGAGAGAACUGAAACGAUGGUGAAGAAACGGUGAAGACGAAGAGCGAGAAGCGUAGAGCCUCGUGUUAUCCAUCUUGGGUUGAAAAUUUUUUUUUUAAUUGAACCGGGUAGCAAAGCCCAAUGCUAACCGACGAAGCCCAUCGAAACACAGCAGAGCCCAUACGAAAGCAAGAGCUUCGUGUCUUUUGCCAGCGUGUAUUAUUGGAAUGUUUUGAUUGGUCAAAUAUAUUAACCUACGUGGACAUGCUAGAAACACUCCAUAUUCACCUUUUAGUAUAGGUUAGAUUCAUAACAGAUUCUCCGAUUCAUAAUGACAUGAUUGACAAUCACCAUGUGUUUUAGGAAACAACAACGGUGCGACAUUUGAUUCGUAAUAAAUUUGACGUGAUGGAAAUGUAUCAAUAAAAAAGGGAUAAUAAAGUUGACUAGAAAAACUCUACAAUGUGUCGAGCAGAGAGACAACUUCUCUUAUUUCCUUUUCUUGGACCUUUAUGUUUAUUUAUUGGCCCAUAAAUAAACAAACAAAUAUAUUUACACCGUCUGCGCGUAUAAAUAAUAAAACAAGUAUAUUUUGGUAUAACUAACGCAGGCCCUGGUAUAACUGACGCGGACCCACCAUCUGCAAAAACAAAUAAAUAUAUUUCCAAAUGAACAUCUAUAAUACUAAGAAAAACCUAAUUAUGAGAAUCAUGCAAAUACAAAAAAUCACUAAUAUUAUUCAUUUCUCAUACAAAUACACACUACACAUCAUUAUACAUAUUCUACAAAAUAAGUAACAACUCAACGUAGACAAAACAACAAAUUUAUCACAAACCAUUGACUCAAAAUGUUAACGCCUUUGAAUAAAUGGACCUUUGAACUAAACGGUUGAAGAAUUAAAGAAAAAAAAAAUUUAAACUCACCUUCUAUAAAACAUAACUACAAAAAACUUAUCCUCACACAAAAUACUACACCAUGAAUAACGAGCCACUUCUUUCUUAUCAGCUCUCACACCAAACAUAAUCUACAGGAGCAAAUCCACGGCAAACACUGCAAGUCUACAUCCAUAGGCCCAUCUCAACACUACAAGUCUACAACACAUAACAAUCCAUCAUUGAUUUCUAGCUACCGUGUAUCAUUGACAAUCUAGGUAAUUUAAAAGACUCAACAAUUGAGUAUAUGGAAUUUAUGCUAAAAUACCAUCACAUUCACCACCCCGAGUCAACCUUAAUUAUUCAAGAGACUACUGAAUACGUCAUGAAUAAGCUACCAAACGGCUACAAUACCAUAACUAAUGAUCUCCAAGUUACUCUUACCAUAUGGGACUACAACCAAAAUGCGACUGCAAGACUUGUGUUGAUCUUAUCAUCACAGAUAUAGAGGAAACAAAUAGGCCUCCAACUACAUAAGAAGAAAACAAUAUAUGCACUAUAUGCUUCGGAAAUUACAUCUAUGGAAACAAACUUUGCUCUCUUACUUGCGGCCAUAAUUUUUAUUUUACAUGCAUUGAUCAAUGGCUUCGUACAAAUAAAAGCUGAAGGGAAAAUAAUCUAUGAUUCCACCCUCAAUAUGAUUAAUAACAUGAAAUAUCAUGUUUUAAUUUCCAAUUUUAUUUGUGAAGUAUUUACUACUUUGGUUUUUCAUUUCCAUACAAGAUAAUUAAUAAUAUAUCCUCAUUAAGAAAUAUUUUCAAUUCACACCAUUAUUUUAUUAUAUAAAAACAAAUAACAUCAAUAAAGACAAAUAAUACAUGUCACUUAAAAAAAUUAAGAUUACUUCCUAAAAUUAAACUACAAAUGAUGGGACUAUUUUAUACAAUUCACAGCUUUCUUACUAUCUACCUACACUACUUAAACCAUAAAACCAUUAGCAACACCAUAGAUCCAGAUAUUGCUUCAUCUUCUAACAUAUAACUAAAACUUUCAAAAUACCAUCCACCAAUCAAAAUAUGCUACAUCGAGAAAAUCCAAAUUAUAACAAAGGACAGCCACCCUGCACGCAUAGCGCAAACCACUAAUAUGAAAUGUAUUACACUCUUAACUCGUGGGAUACACGAGUCAAUCCCAAUCUCAUGUUCAUACCAAAGACUCAAAUCUUCUAAAAUAAGCCGGACAUCUAACAACUUCUAAAGCCCUUAUUUAGAAUUUGUAUUUGCUAAGUCUAAAUGACUUAACAAAAUCUUAAUUAGCCAACAACUUCCCGCGUAAAUCUAUUAAUCUCCUUCUUCAUUUUGAUCCACAUCAGAUUUAGUGUUCUUCUUCAAUCUCUUUCCAUAAUAUUAUCUCCAGCUCUUAUCAAUACCCCCAUCGGCGAGAGCAAGCUUUUCCUCAAGCUCGAAAUGGGGGAAUUAUAUGAAAUAUUUUUUACUUGCAUCCAUGAACUCUCAUGAACCGGUAAACCCUUCCAAUGAAUCAAAGCCUUAAGAGGACCUUCAACAUCAUGAAAAAUACAUUAUAUAUGUUCUGUCUGUAGGACAAACACAUCAUUCUCCUCCAAUAAAAAUGGUAAAUUUGUGACUUCAUGUUCCUUGUCCAAAACCAGCUUUAACUGGGACACGUAAAAUACUAUAUAGAUUUUAAAAAUCUCUAGAAGCUCCAAUCUAUAAGCAAUCUGACAAAUCUUCUCAAGGACCUUGAAUGGUCCAUAAAAGUUUGUUGCAAGCUUCUUGCAGAAAACUUUACUUAAGGAGUUUUGACGAAAUUGUCUCAACUUGAAAAAUACUUUGGAUCCUUGGAUCCUACUUCAAAAACCAAGUCUUUGCGUUUCUUAUCAGCAUUAUUUUUCAUGUGUACUCACUACAAGAAAACACAUGUAUAACGAUGACGGUAUUUGUGGUUAUUUCGUCGUAAAAAUAGAGUUUACUACGAAAUAACUACGAAAGCCAUUUCAUCGUUAAACGUUCGUCGUAACAUAUAUUUUCUCGCUAAUUCGUCGUAAAGUUACGAAGAAAGUAGUGUCAAUAAUUUCGUCGUAAAAGCCACGUCAGCUAUUUCUUCGUAAAAGCCACGUAAACAUUUUCCUCGUAGAGUACACGUAAUAGUUUCCUCGUAAAGUACACGUAAAAAUUUUUCUCGUAAAGUAGACACUUAAUUUCAUCAUUCUUUAUACGUAAUCGUUACGACGAAUAUGCGUAACUUUCGUAGUAAAUUCCUCGCUAACAAUUUUUCAAUUUCUUCGUUAAUUAGACGUAAUUUAGCUACUAAUUUGCUUUGAUUCUUUAUUUUUACAAAAACAUAUAAUGAAAUAUAUUUUAAAAUUUAUUUCAAAAUAAUUAAAAAUGAAAAUAAUAAAUCAAUACAAAAAUAUUAUAUAAAUAUUUAAGUUUUAAAUUUAUAAUACAAUAAAAAGAAAAAAAAAAAGGGUUGUUGUUCUGCAUCUCCUCGAAGAGGUCUUGACUCCUCUGUACUUCUUCCUCAUCCUCAUGUGUGCUGAGUGGCUCUGGAAGGAGAUUUUGUCUCUGCAUCUCCGCCAACAUGGUCUCCAAAUGAGGAUUUCCAGACGCUAGAAGGUCCAAAAAGCCCUCGACUGAACUCAUACGAGCUCUGAACGCAGACCGCGUCGAGUUCAACUCGGAACACAGCUGAGUGACUCAAUCAGCCCGUCUCUGACCAUAAGACGAUGUCUCUCUUGGGACAUCGUUGACAUAAUCAAUCCCCAACGUACAUCCUUUUUUCUUAGGAACAACCUUAAUUAAAAAAAAUUUAAUGUUAUUUAUAAAAAUAUUAGAUUAAAUGAAUAAUAAUAAUAGAAAGUUUAAAAUUUUUUACCUCCUCGUAAAUCUGAUCCACUUCAGGUGUGGAUAAUGUGACCGGUAUUCCAUUGGGAGACUGCUGGGUUAGCUGGGUUUGGCGGUCUUCAAUCCGAGCAACCACCUCUGAUACCACUCAAAUUACCCUAAGGAAUGAAUACUCUCUCAAAUAAGAGGUUCAGUUGCUGUACUUAGGGAUUGAAUCCACAAGGAGCUAGAGAACCUAUUAAAUCUAGUCAGGUUAUUAAUUCUAGGUGUUUGUUGUUUUAUGAGUUUAAAAGUAAAUAGCAAUCCUAAUUGAGCAAGUCUAUUGUUCGACUAACAAGAUGAUUGGGGGUGUAACUUUAUUGGAAGAUAUUAGAUGCAGGGUUUCUAUUCAGGUGUUGGAGAUUAUAAUCCUAUAGAUGCCUAACAGUUGCAUGCAUGAUAUAUUAGAGCUCAACUCCUUAAUCACAGUGAUCAGCGAUGGCAAUGUUUCACUGGUUAACUAACUAGAUCUUGGAUCUCAACUGUCGUCUUUUGAUUACAAGAAAGUGUCGAUCGAUGAUCCUAUAGGGAUAUCGAUCAAUACACCUUUCGCAACAUCGAUCGAUUGUCAGAUGACAAUAUCGAUCGAUAGCUUCUAGUUAAGCCCUAGGCGCAGGUUGAUAAUGCUCACUAGUAUCCUAGAUCAGUGGUUAGCUCUCUCUAGCAGGCCUAGCAUGACAGAUUAGAUUCAGGACAUGAUGAUCAAGGAAGCUUGACACAUGAAAAUUCCUAGGUUCAAUAUUCUAGUUAGCAAGGCUAGAACAAUCAUUAAGAACAAUAAAACAGGUCUCAUCGCCCACAUCUAAAACGCUCACAAAACAUCGUAAAACUCCUAAACGUUUUUGAAUACCCUCGAAAGAGCAAAUGAACUGAACGACAAAUUAAGAGUUAAGAUACGAAGUGACUACUCGUGUCUUUCCCUCGACACUUGGCAGAAGUAUAAACUAAAUCCCAUAGAAUGCUAAAAUUACAUUUGUUAUAUAUAACAAGGCCGCAUAGCGGCUGAGAUUCAAAGCCACCAACGGCCAGUCCCGCAUACAUAGUCAAAUGACCUUGCAAGGCCAUAGCACACUCAAAUAACAAAUGGCCACACUCGGCCUAAAACACCAUACGAAAUCUUGAGAUAAAGGUAAAGGAAAAAAUAUCCCGACGACCUUCAGAUAUCAAGGUCAAGAUACCCGGACAUCGAGACUCCAAAUGAGUCCGCGGGCUGAUCUACUUCUCCUCCCUCAUCCGCAGCAUCGGCUCCCACUUCCGUCGUGUCCUCCGAAACCUCGAUGGGUUCCCAAAGCUCUCUGAUCCUCCCCUCGAUUGGAGGAACCAUCGACUCGGCCUGGGUGCACCCAUCCAUGAGGUCCGACAUCUGAGCAACCUCGGAGAGAAGAGAGAAAUCAGCGUUCUGCAACUUCCAAAGGGUACCAACCGAACCGCGGCAUUCGCGGAAGUCACCCACGUAGUCUUGAGCGUCCUUGAAACUCCUGAACUCAGCAUCAAAGAAUGUAGCUCUCCUCGCUAUCUCAGCAGCAAUCGUCCUCCUCCAUUUCCUCUCCGCACGAAUGAGAGCUCGGGAAUGGGACUCAGCCUGUCUGCGCUCUCUUUCCGCAAUCUUGUUCUGAAAACGGAUGAAUUUCCUCUUGAUCUCUUCGGCCUUGAAGUGCAAAAGACGCGCCUCUCUGAAACUUCCGUCAAGCGUUGAAUUAAAGACCCGCUUUCCCUACACGAAUCAAGGGUCAAACAUAGAAGCGACAUACGAAGACUCGCCAACUGAGUCUAAAACAUACAGAGACUAAACCUCGUUGAUCAACUGAGAACCUUCCGCACCACGUAUAUCCUCAACGCUUCAUCCAGUGACGCUGGAGUAGUAAAACUGGGAGGAAGGUUGGCAAAAAAAGUCGUCCGGAAGGGGAGCCUCACUGGUUCCACUCCCAUCACCGGGGAUGAAACCCGGGUUCCAUCCGGGUAGCGGAAGAUCUUCUGAGACAAAGUUUCUGUCUUUGAGAGCGAUUCCCUUGUCCUUUCGGGGCCUAACUCACUCCCUCUGAUCGGGAACAGGGUCGGGGUGUGGCUCGUCCAUGUCUGAUGCACGUAAAGGUCGGGAGAUGCCUCGCGAUCGGUAGAGCGCCACUGCAUUCCGGAUCCUGUCUAGGGUGAAGGAAUCCCAAAAGAACGGACCGUUGCAGAGAAGGUCGCGCUUAGCAAACAAGUCCCUGGGGAUCGUGGGAAGAACACUGUUCGCUACAAAAAAAAAUGCGUUAGAUACCUACGAGUAUCUAUACGGACCAAAUUUCCAACCAUCGUACCACGAUGAAAGUUCCAUUUGCCACGGAACAAGGGGAGACAGUUCUCCUCGACGGAUGCGCAAAAACGCUCGAACCAUCCCUUGGCAUUUGAAGUAUACCCCUGGAUCUCUUUCUUGAAGUCAUUUUUUGAAAAACAAAAACUUUGACACAAAGGUAAAAAGAGAGAGGAUAAGAAAAAUUUCUACCUUAGAGAAAUUUUCUUGUGAAGAGAAGUUAAUGAAGACUUAAAAAAAAAAAAUUACUCCACCUAUGUAUAGGAAAAAAGGUUACUAUUCAUUCUCGGUCUUUCGGCAAAAGAUUACGUCUAAUUCCAUCAAAACAAGUCAUACCGCAAGCUAGGACCUCACACCCACGUCCACGAAUCCUAACUAGCUGGGGGGCUAACUGUUGGGGUCAAAACCGAUCACGACGGAAUCAAUGCCUGAAAGUUACUGGAAAACCAACUCUCGAUCGAUCCUUGAAAAUAAGACAUUCCCGCAAAACGGUUAAUCAAGUAAAAGACAGUUUUUGUCGGAUGUGAACCGAGGAACGUCGAGAAGAGGAUCAGUCUGGAUGAGGUCUCAAUCGUAAGCAAGGACCGACCUCCUCCGAAACCGUGCAUCCUUGUCUAAGUUCCCGUAACACAAUCUUCGGGCCCUUGGACACAAUACCCAUGUCUCGUCUCGUUUAGGAUUAUCAAAGAAAGACUUUGGGAAAAGUUAUAAAAAACUUGGUCGUGGAAGCGGAUUCCUGCCUGGCCUAUAGAAUGGCUAUGGUUAGCUUGAACACCAGUUGCCUUAACUAUACGGGGAAUUGGAAUCCUUUCGGAAAAACCAACGGCUGUUUCUUAGAAAAAAUCGUAAAAACGUCGAAGUCCCAAAACGGCCCAAAAGGGGCCUGAACCGCGGCCAAACGGCCCACUUACGAUUUUAGAACAGGAUUGAGCCCAAAGCUGAUAUGACGGACUACUUUUAUUUCGCAGGAAAAGAUAAAUGUCAAGUUUCCGAAGAUAAUCAUGAAGGGUGACGAAAAAUGGAAAAUCCCAUCUCGCGACGAAUCCGGCCCAGGAAAAGGUGCAAACCAACCUAGAGAGAGUAUAUAAGGAGGGCUUAAGGCGAGGAGCAAAGAGAGAGCUUUCUCAGAGCAAACUUAAUACUUAGAAUUAUUUAGGCUUUUUUUCGUUUUUACUAUCGAGCUGCGACUCGACUAGGUUAGAACUUAGGUAACUAGACUAGCGAACGUACCGACAGCUCUCGUGGCCUAGGAUCUUACAUGUUGUUCACACUCAAACGCGAAUUCGGAAAUAAGACCUCUUUGUUCUCUUUUUGCUCUUUUACGAUUUAUUACUUUCGACUCUUUCAUAUU